GUCUGUUCGAAACGAUUCAUAGCUCUCAGCCCUUUUGUUCCCUCUAUCGCCGAGUAGUCGUGGAAGCCAAAACCCUAACCCUUGCCACCUCUAUUACCAGCUUAUUCUCUCUUCUUCGGAUCUCUGGUUUUUUAAAGAUAUGGUGAAUUUUAAGGGUGCUUCUUCAGAGAGCGAUUUGAAGUCAUCAGAGAGAAACACAGGAGAUGGAGCGAGCCCCGGGAAGAUCUUUAUCGGAGGAUUACAUAAAGAUACGAGCCUAGCGACAUUCACCAAACAUUUUGGAAAAUAUGGAGAGAUAACUGAUUCAGUUAUAAUGAAAGAUCGAUACACGGGGCAACCAAGAGGUUUUGGUUUUAUUACUUAUGCUGAGCCAUCGGUUGUUGACAAGGUUAUUGAAGAAACCCAUGUUAUUAACGGAAAACAGGUGGAGAUAAAAAGAACCAUCCCAAAAGGCUCUAUGCAAUCUAAGGAUUUUAAAACAAAGAAAAUAUUUGUGGGUGGGGUGCCAACAAGUGUCACUGAAGAUGAAUUCAAAAAUUUCUUUUCCAAGUAUGGGAAGGUGGUGGACCACCAGAUAAUUCGUGAUCAUGCAACCAAUCGCUCUCGAGGAUUUGGAUUCAUUAUAUUUGACAGCGAACAAGUUGUAGAUGAUAUUCUGGCAACGGGUAAUAUGAUUGAUCUGGCGGGUAACCAGGUGGAGAUCAAGAAGGCUGAACCAAAGAAAGCCUCAAACCCACCACCACCUCCUUCUGCAUUUGGUAGUGAUACUAGGGCUCGUUCUGUUGGUGACCCUCUCAGUGGAUUUGGCGACACAUAUAGUGGAUUUGGCAGUAGUGGUUUUGGUGCUGCUUCCUAUAGGACGCCUGGAGGUUUUGGUGGUAGACUUGGUGGUUAUGGGGGGUAUGCUGGUGGAGGUGGAGAUUUUGGCAGUGGUUAUGGGGCGUUUGGCAGCAGUGGCCUAGGUGGGUACAGAGGAGAGUCCUCCCUUGGUUAUUCUAGUCGCCUGGGACCAUAUGGUGGGGGAUUUGGAGGGGGUUAUGGUGGAAGUGGCUUAGGUGGCUAUGGCAGAGGAGGUGAAGGCUAUGGAGGCUAUGGUGGGUCAGGAUAUGGUGGUGGUUAUGAUUCUGGCCCUGGUGCCAGUUAUGGUGGGGCAGGUGGAUUGUAUGGAAGUAGAGCAGGUUAUAGUGGCAGUAGCCGGUACCAUCCUUAUGCCAGGUAGAAAAGAUGAAUCGUCUUGCAGUUGCUUAAGCUUCCUUCUAGCAGUUCUACAUGCGUGCCUCUAGUUUUUUGUGUAUUACAUCUUGUGGCAGGAUAGAUACUGGCUUGCAGGUGCUAGAAGCUUUAUACCAGAGGAAACUUUCUAGAAGAUCAAGGAGAUUGUUGUUAGUUAUUUUCGUUUCUUGGAUAUCUGUAUGGCCUAGAUAAACUAUAGAUGAUCCAUUUAGUGUUUGUAUGUCAUCGUUAGACAUUAGGUUGAUAUUCAAUUUAGUUGGUUGUAGAUUUAAGCCUCUUUAUUAUAGAGCUUUCUGCACUUGAAUUUUAGUUUGAUAUUAAGAUAGACAUUUCGUCUUUAAGAAAUAGUUUGCUGCUAAA